UUAUAUAUAUAUAUAUAUAUAUAUAUACGUUUUUGUUAGUGUUGGUUAAAUCAUAAUUGCAACGAGGGGGGGCGUAGGGGAGUAAUAUGUCCGGUAACAACAUGGCAGAUCCAAGACGGCAAAACAAGGUUUUUCGGUACAAGCCCCCCAGCACGGAGACCAACCCUACCCUUGAAGACCCCACACCUGAUUACAUGAACCUGCUGGGAAUGAUCUUCAGCAUGUGUGGUUUGAUGCUCAAGUUGAAAUGGUGUGCUUGGAUAGCGGUCUACUGCUCGUUCAUCAGCUUCGCCAACUCCAGAAGCUCCGAAGACACCAAACAGAUGAUGAGCAGCUUCAUGCUGUCCAUCUCAGCAGUGGUGAUGUCAUACCUCCAGAACCCACAGCCGAUGUCACCGCCAUGGUAACCCGGGGACUAAUCACAGCAGAGCAUAUUGACUGGGGUGUUAGUCUGGAACAUGGCAGCUGAUUGGCUGAUUGGCCACUGGACAUUCAAAAUGAGAGCGAGAGGUAGAUAACAUGACAAGAAGAAGAAAGUGCCCCUGUGAUGAAGAUGCACGGAGUGGGCCACAGUCGAGAGAUCAAAUAGUCCUUUUCCCGUUUCGGCCUUUUCUAAGUCCUUUUGUUCUGAAAAUGCUUACAUCUUGCUGUUUGACUCACUUACUGUAGGUUGCGGGGAAUAAAGCGUAAUUUUAAAAGUAA